AUGGAAUUGAAUUUGCCACCUGAUGAGACCCUUAAGCAAGGUCGAAACCAGUCGUGGCUUCUUCAUCAGACUGUUGAAUGUGAAUGUGUACCUAAACCAAAAUUAACUUGUCAAAAACCUCGUAUUGAUACAAUAGGUUCAAUAAGUACAUUAACUAUUAAUAAAGUUGAUAUGCCUGAUAUUGAUGUUUAUAAAGUUGUAGCUAAUAAUGAGAAAGAAAGAAUUGAAACACAAGCAAAUGUCGAUGUUUGUGUUAAACCAAAAGUAGAAGGUAAACCUGCUGAUGUAUUAUGUUUAUUAAGUGAACCAGUAAAAAUAAAUGUGAAAUUUUCUGCUAUACCAAAACCGACGAUUACAUGGCAUACGUAUAAAGCCGAUGGUACAGAAAUCAAACUUGAUGCUCGUAUUCAAAUUAUUAAUGAUAAUAAUAGACAAUCAAUAUUAAUUAUUAAUGAUAUAAUAGCACAAGAUUCUUAA